AUGAUAAAUUUCCCUAGUGUAACUUAUUUGAAUGUGAACACAAUAAACUGUUUUGCUGCUUUCAACACUUGCAACCGUUUGAGUGUCGGCAAAACAUUUCUCCAUGACAAAGGAAAAGGUAGCAAUCGUUAUACAUCAUUUAAGAAGGUGGAGAUCAAACAAGAAGAGUUGAAAGGCUUAAUGUUUUCUUUUAUACAAAAUGAAGAUUUUUAA